AUGAGCUCAUUCAGCCAAUGGUUUCCUCCGGCACCAACCUUCACAGAGAGAGACCUGGGUGACCUAACCGGCAAGGUCUACCUCAUAACUGGCUCCGCCACUGGCAUCGGCCAUGAACUUGCCAAAAUCCUCUACGGCGCCAAUGCCACCGUCUACAUUGGCGCCCGCUCAGCCGCUCGCUGUGAUGGUGGCAUCUCCGCCAUCAAGACCUCCAUCCCAAUCUCCCGCGGCACCUUAAAGCCCUUCAUCGCAGAUCUAUCAGACCUGAAGACCCUCAAGCCCGCCUGCCAGACCCUCUUAGCCCAAGAGUCCCGUCUCGACGUUCUCUUCCUAAAUGCGGGGGUCAUGACACCUCCACCCGGCAGCAAGACACAGGAUGGGUAUGAUCUCGAACUCGGGACGAAUUGCUUGUCUUCCUUUUUGUUAGUAACGCUGCUCACUCCGCUAUUGACCCGAACCUUGACCCGAACUUCGGCUCCAGCUUCAAGUUCAGCGGAAUCAGGCAGUGGAGCCCGCGUCGUCUGGGUAUCAUCCAACAUAACAAUGUUUACCCCCCAAGGUGGCGUUCAGCUCGAUUCCAAUAACACCCCAAAGCAAUUCAAAGCCAUGGAUAACUACAUGCAGACGAAAGCCGGACUAGUCUUAUUGGCCCACGAGUUUAACACCCACCAACCUCAAGACCCUGAUUCUAAACCCAUAACCCACAUCUCCCUUAACCCGGGCUUUAUGCGCACCGAGCUGCAGCGCCACACACCCGCUCCUGCACGUGCUCUAAUGUCCCUCAUAUUCAAGCCCGCGAAGUACGGCGCGUACACUGAGCUGUAUGCUGGAUUCUCGCCCGAUAUCAAAAGUGGAGAGUUUGUGGUACCGUGGGGGCGGAAAGGGUGUGUGCCGGACCAUAUUGCGAAGAGUAUGCAGGCGGCGGGGGGAAAGAGUGUUAGCACUAGGUUUUAUGAGUGGUGUGAGGAGAAAGCUAGGCCUUUUGUGUGA